CCUUCCUCAGCGCCAUCGCCAUCCUUCCCAUUCUUCCAUUGUCUCCAUCUGUCCAUCUAUUCCUUUCAACCCUUAUAAUUGGCACUUCUUUAAACUAUCUAUAGCAGACUCAAUCCUUGUUUUCGACCACCUGCAUCUCCCCUAUCCUCUCACCAGUGCUGACACAGGAAAGAGAGUUUGUCCCUGAAUCUCGAAUGGUCUCAACAUCUGAUCCUACCGCGACCACGGCGCCUGUGGGUGCUGCCAUCGCAGAAGGGCGAUCUGCAGCCGAUACCCUUUUGCGGACGAAGACACCAAACGACAUGCUGCAAACACCCUACUACACGGCAGUUUUUCAGUCGACAGCAUUCUGGGUCGGAUAUGUCUGGCUGCGCUAUGUCUUGUUCAACACGUCGCAUCUGUUCUGGCUAAAUCUAGCCUUCAUAGUGGGAUAUGGCACAUCACUUUAUUUCUUCUAUGGCGCUGUCAUGGCAGACCCUGGCUGGACAAAAUGCAACACCUCGAUCGAAGCCCAGCGUGAGACUGUUGUGCAGAUGGCAGACCGUGGCCUACUAGAUGCUCGACAUUUUUGUGUAACAUGCGUUGCGCAAAGACCGAUGCGGUCGAAGCACUGCAAGUUCUGCAACCGAUGUGUAGCAAAGUUUGAUCAUCACUGUCCUUGGAUACACAACUGCAUUGGCGCCAAGAACCACCGCGCGUUUAUUGUUUUCUUGGCGCUGUUCCUGUCUACUGUACCAAUAUACGCGUACCUCUCCUUUGAGUAUCUCGCUAUCGCAUCGCUCAAGUAUACCCCCGAGCCCUCCAAUCCAUGCUUACUAGGCGGAACGCUAUGCGGCUAUUUCCAAUACGAUGCAUUCACGACUACUCUCGCAUUCUGGUCCAUGUUCCAGAUGACCUGGCCCGGGCUGCUAUUUGUCGUUCAGCUUUACCAAGUCGCGCAGGGCAAGACCACAAAUGAAGCAAUGAACUUUCAACGACACAGUUACAUGGGACGAUCCGCGAAUAUCCGCCAGCGUAUCCUAAGGUCUCUGGCAGAAAUCGACUCGGAGAUGGCAGGUGCCGGGCAUCCGCUGCAGGAAGAGAGUAUCAACCUGCUGGAGGCCGGAGGCGGUGGACAGGAGGAGGAUGAGGCAACGCUGUUUGCGAGAGAAGAAGAAUCAAAACCCGUUGGAUUUGGAGAUCAUUCGAAUGGUCACCACCACGAUCAUCGUAACCCCGGUGGAAGAGGUGGUGGGAUGUGGAACUUGUUGGUGGGUACGGCCAGGAGGCGUCAACAGCAAGGCAGCGGCGGAGAUGAAUCGAAUCCGUUUGAUUUUGGCCUGUGGCAAAACUGCGUGGGCUUUUUCACCCAGGGUAGACGGGGCCCAUUGCGCGGGGUGAACUGGUAUGCGUUCUUCGAGGUGGAGCCAACAUCACGGUCAAGCCAUGCGCAGCCGUCAGCAAGAAGGAUGUGAUUCAAUAGCUACACUAGUAUCCCUUAGACGAAUCAAAUGAACGCCAUCGACAUCAUCAUGGUGCAGUUUGCAGAAUAGAUAGAGGC